AUGAAGAGUGACCAGGAGCAGGGAGAGCCCCACCACCAUGGGGGAGCAGGAUCCCCCUCCUCGCAGAGUAAAGUCUCCCUCCUAGACGGCCCAGGUAGCCUGUCCUCCUCUCACAGCCACUCCAACUCUACCUGCAGUCUGGAGCUCAGUAGUAGCAGUCGGCACGACAACACUGAACACAAAGCCAAAGCUAACACUGAACACAAAGCCAAAGUGUCUGCCAGCCACAAGCGUCAGAAGGAACAGCAGGCAGGUGGGGCAGCAAAGAAACCCAAGCCAAACAGAAAGAGCUCAGUGCCUCCCAAGAAGAACAAUAACAGAAAAACUGCCCACAGCAGUGACAGUGAAGACCAGUCAUUGGGCGAGAGCACAGCCAAGUCUUCAGUCCCCAAGACCCAUGGUGCAGCAGACAUGAAGGGGUCCAUCUCGCCCAAGUGUCCCGGCCUGGGACAGGGACGCACCCCUCCAUCCAGCCAGAAGUACCACAAGCAGCAUGGUGACCCUGACCACCAUCACCAUCUUCACAAUCGGGAACAUCACCGGGAGCCGGACCUGGACAAGAUGUCUAGUCUGGAGAGGAUCUCCUUCCUCCAGGAGAAGCUGCAGGACAUCAGGAACCACUACCUGUCCCUCAAGUCUGAGGUGGCCUCCAUCGACCGACGACGCAAACGCAUCAAGAAGAAGGAGAGAGAGAGUACGGUGGCAGCAUCUUCCUCCUCUUCCUCGUCCCCGUCCUCCAGCUCUCUAACAGCAGCGGUGAUGUUGACACUAGCCGACACUCCUGUGUCGUCCUCUUCCUCCUCUCAGAACUCUGUGGUGUCUGUAGAAUGUAGGUGACAGGACAACCCCUCACCCCUCCCAACCUUCUGAGGCCCAGGACACAGCACUGAGCACUUAACCAGCACCACCCUGGUCCCCAUCCCAAAAUACCCCCAACAUCCACCAAGGCCCCAUCCCUACCACUAACGCCUCCACUCCAAAGUCUCAGUACAUACCCACCUCAAACCGGAGAGCACCCAGGCAUCAAUGCCCCCACUUAAACCUCCACUCUUAUCCAUGCCUCUCCACCCCAGAGCCCCUUUCCAACAGUUUGGCCUCAUCACCCCUACUCCCAACUCCCUCCCAGCAGGACAGACAACGCAAUCUCUAUACUGGAACAACCACAGGGAUACAGCAACACAGACAACCAGACCAACAAGACAAAACAAACACUAUUUUCUAUCCACAGCUGUUUCCUUGGCAAGCUAAUUGCACUUAAGUGCACUUUUAUGAAGAUUUUGAGGGGGAAGAGAAUACAACGACCAACCAAAAAAAAAAAAAAGUACAAAAGUAUGUUUUUCUUUCAAUUGAUUGAUAAACAUUUCUAAGAGUUGUUUUCUUCAAGCAAUAGUGAUUCUUUCCAUCUCGAGGUAGUUUAGAUUGGGUUGACGACGGUGUGUACUGUGUCAUCAAGGUCCUUGUCCUAUGUAGCCCUGUGUAUGUAGAGCCUUUCAAAAGGGAAUAAGCAAGGCUCAAAGUCACAUGAUGAUGUACAUACUAAAACAUACGCUUGUAGUGCGUGUACUGUUGGAACACAUGCAUUUCUCUCUCUGUCCGUACCACGCCUUCGAAUGGUACUCUUAUCUUGACCCCGUGACCGUGGUCUGUCAGCGCUGUGUGGAGGAGAGAGAGGCUUCGUUUGUCGGCCCACUGUAGAGAUCCGGAGAAGUGACUUUGAAGCCAUGAAGCUGAUGAACAUGAGACUACUGUUAGGGCCUUGUUGUUGUGUCUAACCCUAAGACACCUCGUAAGAGGGAACAUUCCCCCUCCUGUCCGACUCUCUUAGUCCUGAUGGUUCUUAGAAAUGAAAAACGCUCCGUCUUUCAUAGGACUGCAUGAGUGACAGACUGCUCCGGCCAGGCCUGUGACUGUGUACGUGACAGAUAGCAAGAUAUUCAUGUGAUUAUAUUGAUAUUCCUAAUGAUUGUAGAGGUGGAGAGGACUAAUCUCUUUCUGUCAGCCAGGACCUAAUGUAUAUAGGAAUGAGUCCCAAAAUGGAACCCCUUUUACCUAUAUCGUGCACUACUUUCUAUGGGCUCUGGUGUAAAGUAGUGCACAAUAUAGGGAAUAGGGUUCCAUUUGGAACACAACCUUUGUCUGCUCUUUAAUAAGGUCCCCAGUUAAUAUGGCAGAAUAUACAUUCAUAUGUAAUGAUGGAGAUGUCUGGCAGGUUGAAGGAAACCUAAUGGAGAGCGUUGUAUCUUGUCGGUUUAUCAGUCUUUUCAACUCAUGGUUCUUGGAUUUCUAAUCAGUGUUUUUAUCACGCCAUUCAGAUUAUCUACAUUAGAGGCUCCAGAUGGAAAAGAAAGCACCCUCUUAAUUAAAUGACAAACUGCCAAGGGGAUCUACACAGCAUUCUGCAUUUAAAAAAUAUGCUGAACUAAAAUAGAAAAGCAACAUGCAACAAUUACAAACAUUUUGACCGAGUUACAGUUCAUUUAAAGGAAAUCAGUCAAUUGAAAUGAAUUCAUUUGGCCCUAAUCUAUGGAUUUCACAUGACUGGGAAUACAGAUAUGCAUCUGUUGGUCACAGAUACCUUAGAAGAAAAAGGUAGGGGCGUGGAUCAGAAAACCAGUCAGUAUCUGGUGUGACCACCAUUUGCCUCAUGCAGUGUGACACAUCUCCUUCUCAUAGAGUUGAUCAGGCAGUUGAUUGUGGCCUGUGGAAUGUUGUCCCACUCCUCUUCAACGGCUGUGUGAAACUGCUGGAUAUUUGUGGGAACUGGAACACGACGAUCCAGAGCAUCCCAAACAUGCUCAAUAGGUGACAUGUCUGGUGAGUACGCAGGCCAUGGAAGAACUGGAACAUGCUGUCAUACACAUCGAUCCAGAGCAUCCCAAACAUGCUCAGUGGGUGACAUGUCUGGUGAGUACACAGGCCAUGGAAGAACUGGGACAUUUUCAGCUUCCAGGAAUUGUGUACAGAUCCUUGCGACACGAGGCCGUGCAUUAUCAUGCUGAAACAUGAGGUGAUGGCGGCGGAUGAAUGGCUCGACAAUGGGCCUCGGGAUCUCGUCACGGUAUCCCUGUGCAUUCAAAUUGCCAUCAAUAAAAUGCAAUUGUGUUCGUUGUCUGUAGCUUAUGCCUGCCCAUGCCAUAACCCCACCUCCACCAUGGGGCACUCUGUUCACAACGUUGACAUCAGCAAACCGCUCACCCACACAACGCCAUACACGUGGUCUGCGGUUGUGAAGCCGGUUCGACGUACUGCCACAUUCUCUAAAAUGACGAUGGAGGCGGCUUAUGAUAGAGAAAUUAACAUUAAAUUAUCUGGCAACAGCUCUGGUGGACCUUCCUGCAGUCAGCAUGCCAAUUGCACGCUCCCUCAAAACUUGAGGAAUCUGUGGCAUUGUGUUGUUUGACAAAAUUGCACAUUUUAGAGUGGCCUUUUAUUGUCCUCAGCACAAGGUGCACCUGUGUAAUGAUCAUGCUGUUUAAUCACCUUGAAAUGCCACACUUGUCAGGUGGGAUGGAUUAUCUUGGCAAAGGAGAAAUGCUCACUAACAGGGAUGUAAACAUUUGAGAGAAAUAAACAUUUCUGGAAUCUUUUAUUUCAACUGAAAUAUGGGACCAACACUCUACAUGUUGCAUUUAUAUUUUUGUUCAGUGUAUAUAGUAAUAUAUAUAAUGUAUAAUUCCCAGGUUUGUAAUUGAUUAUCCCAAGAUAAAUAUACUAAAACAGUAGGUGUUCUACCAGUAUGUUUCCAACUCCUCAUCAGUCCUGUGUUCUUCUAUAACCUGUAGGGGUGAGAUUUGAUGAGUCUAUACAGAUUCAGCAUUCUUAUCAAAUCUUUACCCCUACAGAUUAUAGUAGUCUGACCAGAUUAUACUAGUCUGUUCAGAUUAUAGUAGUCUGUACAGAUUAUAGUAGUCUGUUCAGAUUAUAGUAGUCUGUACAGAUUAUAGUAGUCUGUACAGAUUAUAGUAGUCUGUACAGAUUAUACUAGUCUGUUCAGAUUAUAGUAGUCUGUACAGAUUAUAGUAGUCCGUACAGAUUAAAGUAGUCUGUACAGAUUAUAGUAGUCCGUACAGAUUAUAGUAGUCUGUACAGAUUAAAGUAGUUUGUUAUGCUGCAGAAGACAUUUAGAAAUCUAAGAAGAAUGUGUCCCAGAUGUGUAAUUGAUUGUUCCAAGAUUAUUAUAUAGAAAAUAUAAAGUGAAACACAUUGACAGUAAAGUUAUAAAGGUCAUCGAUGGUGUUUCCCAAAUCCUCACCAGUUCUCCUUUUACCCAACCCUUCACCCCCCCCCCACCAACACCAACAAAUAAUCAUGUUGUUUUACCCAACUCUUCACCCCCCCCCCCACCAACACCAACAAAUAAUCAUGUUGUUUUACCCAACUCUUCACCCCCCCACCACCACCAACAAAUAAUCAUGUUGUUUUACCCAACUCUUCACCCCCCCACCACCACCACCAACAACAAAUAAUCAUGUUGUUUUACCCAACUCUUCACCCCCCCACCACCACCACCACCAACAAAUAAUCAUGUUGUUUUACCCAACUCUUCACCCCCCCCCCCCACCACCAACAAAUAAUCAUGUUGUUUUACCCAACUCUUCACCCCCCCACCACCACCACCACCAACAAAUAAUCAUGUUGUUUUACCCAACUCUUCACCCCCCCCCACCACCAACAAAUAAUCAUGUUGUUUUACCCAACUCUUCACCCCCCACCCCACCACCAACAACAAAUAAUCAUGUUGUUUUACCCAACUCUUC